AUGGCGGCGACAUCCACCGAUCGUGCCGUCGCCUUCCUCAAAGGCCGCGGAUCCCUCCGCGCCCAGGCCCCGCCCCUCUCGGCCGGAGCUAUUUUCUGCCCGGUAAAGACAAACGCCAUCAAUGAACUCUUUAAUUGGGCUCGGAGAAGGCGACCAGUGUGCUACCGCACAGCUAAUCGUGUUGCCAGUUCAAGGCAUCUGCUGAACGAUUUGGGACAGAAGAAGAUGGCCACCCCAAAUCAGACCAACUGUAAUACAGGGUCACCUGCAUCCCCUGAGGAGGCCAAGACCACUGGUGCUCUGGGGAACCCCAAAACACCCCCUGAACCUCAUGACUCCGGUAGCUCCCUGCCUCUGACCCCCGGGAUGGAGAGCCCCUCGGAGUAUGAGGAUGGUGCUGAGGCUGGCAGCGGCCUGGGCGGAAACAGUAGGACCCAGAGCCCAGGGGGGUGCUCAGCCGAGGCCGGGUUGGGCAGGAAGAAGCACCGUCGGCGGCCGUGGAAGCGCAGGCGGCCCUGGCGGCCCUACCUGGAGCUGAGCUGGGCAGAGAAGCAGCAGCGGGACGAGAGGCAGGGCCAGAGGGCCUCCAGGGCCCGCGAGCAGAUGUUCGCCCAAGGCCAGGCGGUGGCACCCUGCAACACCACCCAGUUCCUGAUGAAUGACCGUGACCCCGAGGAGCCCAACCUGGAGGUGCCCCCCGGGCCGUCCCACCCGGGCUCCAGCGGGGAGAGCGAGGCAGGGGACAGCGAAGGGCAGGCCUCGGCCCCGGGGGAGUUCCAGCAGCGGGACUUCUCUGAGGCCUACGAGCGCUACCACCUGGAGCGCCUGCAGGGCCGCAGCAAGCAGGAGCUGGUGCGGGACUAUCUGGAGCUGGAGAGGCGGCUGUCGCAGGCCGAGGAGGAGACCCGGCGGCGGCGGCAGCAGCAGCUGCAGGCGGCCACCAGCCGGCCGCCCUGGCGCCGGGUGGAAGAGCUGGCCGCCGAGGUAGAGAGGCUGCGGGCCGAGAACCAGCGGCUCCGGCAGGAGAAAGAGGUGCGGAACCGGCGGGCCAGCGAUGCCGGCACCUGAGGGUGCCCCAGCGGCAUGGGCCCAAGGAGAGGGUCCCAUGUCAUGCACACUGGGGCCAGCUGCUUCCCCAGGAGGGAGGCUGCAGAAGAAGAGUCCUCUGAGCACCCCAUGCCCCCGAGGAUGGCUCGGGGGUUCAGACCUCCACCUCAUCAUCCCCACAAUGUGUUCUUCCGUGUCACCUAACUUUUUACAGAGAAAUUAAAUGGUCUCGGUGAGGCCAAGUGGGAG